AGAGAAGCAGACAAAGUUUUCGUUUUCCAAUGGUUUGGAGGUUUGUUAAUGGCGUAAUAGACUCCUGGGACUGAAAGGGAGAAGCACUUACCCUUUGCUCAUCUUCUUGAUUUCUCAUUUAUUACCAAAAACCACUACGCUUCUUAUGGUUAGAUGGAAACUUUUUAACUGAUGGAGGAAAAUCUGGCUUGAGCAAUUAACGAGCUUACCAUCAUGCUGGUCUCACUGCUACACUGGUGGGAAUAUGCGUGAAUGAAUGUCCAAGAUACCGAUCUUGUUUCUCACUUUGUUUCAUUUUCUUGAACUAUAUCCUGUUUCCUACUUAAGGUUCUAGCUCCUUUAGGGCAAAUCUCCUUUGGCAAAUAGUACAACUAGUGAAGUUUCUCCUCUUAGGUGGCUUUGAUACAAGUCAUUUCUCCGUGGAGACUUCACUUUGGGGCAUAUCUCCUUUGGCAUUUUGGAACUCCAGUUACCUGUUGAGUUCCUCCUUCUGAAGUUACUUCAUUUCCAUUUGUUUCGGCAAAUCUCCUUUGGCAUUAUCAGAGUCUUUCACUUGGCUCACCUUUAUCUCUCUAGUCGGAGCAAAUCUCCUUUGGCAUUAUCAGAGUCCAUAGCUGGCUCACGUUAUCAUCAGCAGAGCAAAUCUCCUUUGGCAUUAUCCGAGUCUUCUUACACUUGACUCCUACUAUCUAUCAAAGUAACUUCGGGGAAGGAAGAGACACCAUUUAAUCUAUUAAGGUAUCUAUAACUAUGGAUAUGAACCUCACUGACUCCGAUUGGGAGAGCUCCAGCGACAGUGGCAGCAGUGAACAAGAAGAAGUGGAGUUCUCUUACGGCGGACGUGCUCAAGACAUCUUCUCAAACCUCGAAGAGACCAUUGGCAAAAUCGAUGACUUCUUGUCCUUCGAGAGGGGAUUCAUGUACGGUGACAUUGUGCGGUCCGCAGCUGAGCCUUCAGGACAGAGUGGGAGGGUCAUCAACGUAGACAUGUCUGUCAAUCUCGAGAGUAUUCAUGGGAAGGUUGUAAAAGAAGUUGACACCAAGAGGCUUCAGAGGCUGCGUUCUAUCUCUCUCUGUGAUUAUGUGAUCAACGGUCCUUGGCUAGGAAGGGUUGACAAGAUAGUUGAGCGUGUCUCUGUCACGCUUGACGAUGGUUCUAAUUACGAGGUUCUUGUAAGGAAUCAAGAUCAGCUUGUGGCUGUUCCUCCAAAUAUGUUAGAGGAUUCUCAGUAUACUUACUAUCCAGGGCAGAGAGUUCAGGUUAAGCUGGCUCAUGCUCCCAGAUCAACUUCAUGGCUAUGUGGGAACUGGAGGGAGAAUCAAGCUUUGGGGACUGUAUGUUCUGUAGAAGCAGGACUUGUCUACGUUGAGUGGGUUGCCUCCAUCAUCAUGGGCGGUGGUGAUAGGAACUUAACUGCACCUCAAGCUUUGCAGAGUCCUGAGAGUUUAACUCUGUUACCGUCUGUUCCUCAUGCAAGUUGGCAGCUCGGUGACUGGUGCAUCCUCCCUGGCGCUUCCCACUGUGAUGUAGAAGAGCUGCAAAACGGUUUUAGCAGGAACAUGCAGAGAUCAAGCUCUGAUGAGCUUUUUGUUAUCACGAAGACGAAGAUGAAGGUUGAUGUUUUGUGGCAAGAUGGUGGAUGCAGCAUGGGAGUUGAUUCACAGCAGCUGGUUCCCGUUGGAGCUGUUAAUGCUCAUGACUUUUGGCCUGAGCAGUUUGUUGUGGAGAAGGAAACGUGCAACAGCAAAAGGUGGGGGGUUGUGAAGGUUGUUAAUGCGAAUGAACAGACUGUGAAGGUGCAGUGGAGAACACUGACUGAGAAAGAAGCAAGUGAGCAGAUGGAGGAAGUUGUCAGUGCAUAUGAGCUGCUCGAGCACCCUGAUUUUGGAUUCUGUUACAGUGAUGUGGUGUUCAGCGUUGCUACAGAGACGAAACACCUACUUAAAGAUGGUGACUACAGUGGUGCUUAUUGUUUGUCAAGCAUUGGUGUUGUUGCAGGUUUCAGAAAUGGUGUUGUGGAGGUGAAAUGGGCUAAUGGUUCUACUAGUGAGGUAGCACCAUAUGAAAUUUGGAGGAUGGAAAGGUCUGAAUUUUCCAGCUCUAGCGCUAUAAGUCCUGCAAGUAGUGUUCAAGAUCUAAGUCAGAAGAUAGCUCAAUCAGAUGAAUCAUCUUCAAACCAUCAGGAAACGGGUCUGGUGAAUCUAUACAGUGUUGGUGAAAGCUGCAACGUUAACAUUCUGGAAUCUAGUUCAUUUUUCCUUCCAAAAGCUGCCAUCGGAUUCAUCACAAGCCUUGCUUCAAGCCUAUUUGGUUCUCAUGGUUCCACUUCUGCUAUAAGUUCGCAUUCACUUUGCAAUGACACUGAAGAUCAAAGCGACUCUGAGAUCCUUGUUCAAGAAGCAACAGAACCACAUACCAUCUCUGAAUCUAAAUCAGAUGAAGUGGAUAUGGACACGAUGGUCAACUUGCCUAUAGUAGGAAAAGGAAUUAACAAGACACUAGAUUCAGCUAUAGUGAGCUUUAAACAGUUUGAUAUGGUUACUGACUGCUCAGACCAUCAUUUCUUUUCUCCGGGGAAAGAGGUGACACAACCUCCGGUAACAAAGAGUUGGGUGAAGAAAGUCCAACAAGAAUGGAGCAAUCUGGAGGCAGAUCUUCCCAACACAAUAUACGUGCGUGUGUAUGAAGAAAGGAUGGACCUUCUGCGUGCAGCACUAGUUGGUGCCCCUGGAACACCAUACCAUGAUGGUCUUUUCUUUUUCGACAUAAUGCUUCCACCACAGUAUCCUCAUGAGCCUCCAAUGGUGCAUUAUCAUUCAGGUGGGAUGCGACUGAAUCCUAACCUGUACGAGUCAGGAAGAGUCUGCUUGAGUCUGCUGAAUACAUGGAAUGGCUCUGGCACUGAAGUAUGGAACCCAGGGAGCUCUUCCAUCCUUCAAGUCCUCCUCUCGUUUCAGGCUCUUGUUCUGAAUGAGAAGCCUUACUUCAACGAAGCUGGCUAUGAUAAGCAGUUGGGCCGAGCUGAGGGAGAGAAAAACUCUGUGAGUUACAAUGAGAAUGCUUUCCUCAUCACCUGCAAAUCCAUGAUCUCGUUACUCCGCAAGCCUCCAAAGCAUUUUGAGGUGCUUGUGAAGGACCACUUCACGCACCGGGCUCAUCAUGUUCUGGCUGCGUGCAAGGCAAACAUGGAAGGCGUCCCUGUAGGAUCAUCAUCGAAACUGCAGGAGAGCUCAACCACAAACUCCACCGGUUUCAAGAUCAUGCUCACUAAACUCUACCCAAAACUUGUCGAAGCAUUCUCAGAGAUUGGAGUUGAUUGCAGCCAAGGGGUUGCACUGGAACCUUGAACGUUGACACAGUUAGUAAACAUCUCCCUAACAUCCAAUAACUACUGUAUAAUAUUGGUUUGCAAAGGUUGGUAAGUCCCUUCCCAUGUAGAAUAUGUUUUUGUACUAAAAUGUGUGAGAAUAAAAAGAAGGCUGUAACAUAGGGCUCAUCUUGUAUAAUAUCAAAAGUGCUGUUGUAGUUUUGCAAGAACCAUGUACCAUGUUUUGUAAUAAAAAAUGAAACACUUGUGUUUGUGUUGUA